AUGGAACUCAGCUCACUGGUGCUUGCCAUAUUCGCGUCUGUGCUCUGCCAGAGUCUGGCCCAGGCGGAUGUGGGCGUUGCCCUGCAGCAGCGCCGCCGUCUACAGCAACAACAAUACCUACAACAACAACAACAACCACAACAGAGGCAGCAGCAGGCAGCUUAUCCAGCCGCCGGUUAUCGGCCAUCACGUCAAUUCAGGCUGCCAGCACAGAAUCUGGAGCCCAAGCCGGCCCGUCUUACCGCCAACAGUGAGGCCCAGGAGGACAUAGACGAUGCCGCCGAGGAGGUGGAGGUCCGCAAAGCUGUGCCAGCUGCUGCUCCAGCGGCAAUCGCACCCGUCGCCCCUGUGGCACCCGUCCAGCCCACCAUUGCCUAUUAUCCAGCUGGCGCUGUUGGCUUUGUCCAGCCAACGGCAUUUGCCAAGUUUAUUGCCGCACCAGGCGCAGCCGCAGCACCAGCGGCUUAUGUGGCUCCAGCAGCCGCCACCGCUGCCUACACUCAACCACAAUACUAUGCCGCCUACAGUGCACCAAUUUUUGGUUAA